UUCAAUAUUUUAUUUUAGGUGAAUAUCCUGAAACAUUAAUUGAUCCAUCACUUGGUAAUCGUCUUAAUACACUUCGUAAUGCACUUGGAUCAUUUUUACUUGUUACUACUGAUUCAAUUAUUAUACUUGCUAUACGUCCAGUUUAUCAAUAUCGUAGUUUAUAUUAUCCACCAUUACCAUUUAAUGAAGCUAAAAAACAAGCAUUAACUGAUAUUAUUUUUUAUGUACCAUCAUUAAAAAGAAAUGAUAUUGAAAAUACAUUAAAUAUGAAUCUUCCAUUAUUUUUGUCACGUUAUAAUAUAAUAGCAAAUGCAAGUGGACCAAAUCCAUGUACAAAUUAUAUUUGUCCAACAAAUACAAUUUGUCGAUCAACACGUAUUAUUCAACCAUUACCUUAUUCAAUUGAUACAAAUCAAACAUCAUUUGUUGGUAUAAAUGUUGUUGAUUCAGCUGAUUGUGUUAGUUCAACAUAUUCAACAAAUUUUACAAAUACACAAUUUGGAUGUAUUACAUAUACAUUUAAUAAUUUAACAUAUUGUCCAUGUACAUCAUUACAAACAUAUGCACCACUUGGACCAUAUUGUCAAGUGCUUGGUAGAACAUUUAAUGAAAAUGGCGGUGGUUAUGCUGUAUUUGAUGGAAGAACAUUUUCAAAUCGUGCACCAACACGUUUUUCAUUUGAUUUUGCUAUACGAUCACCAAUAAUUGAUGGUUUAAUUUUAUUAUAUGGACGUAAUAUAACACCAAUAAAUGAUUUUUUUUGGACAGCAAUUGAAAUUUAUCAAUCAAGAUUAAGAUUUCAUUUUCGUGAUACAAUACUCGAUGCAACAAAUACGGUACUUAAUGCAUCAACAUGGUAUCAUGUUGAAUAUCAAUAUGUUGAUUCAACAAUUCUUGUUUCAAUAAAUGAUUGUCAAUAUGUAACAACAGUUAAUGAUACAUUAAAUACGUAUGAUUUAUCAAAUAUUCAAUUAUAUCUCGGUGGUUUACCAGUAACUAGUUCAUUAAUGUCUGGUCUUUAUCCAUCAUUAACACAAGUAAAUACAUUUAGUGGUUGUAUAAGAAAUGUUUUAUCAAAUGGCCAUUAUCUUGAUAUGAGUAAAGCAUUAGUAUCAGUAAAUUCUUAUUAUGGUCAAAGUUCGUGCACAUUGACAAAUCCAUAUACAACACCACCAACAUCAAUAACAAUAACAACAACGACAACAACACCAAGACCAACAACAACAGCAACAGCUGGACGUAGCGCCCAUUUUGCAACAUUUCGAUUUAUUUGGAAGUUAGUUGCAGUCGUUUUCAUAAUGAACCUAAACUAA